GAGCUGUGACGGUUUUGAGAGAAAGCUAGAAGAGAGAUUUUUCAAAAAAAAAAUCAACAGAAGAGAAAGAGCAAAAACCCAAAUCGAUUACACGCGCUGAUUCCAUUGUUCCGUUGUUUCCACUGAUAAUCCCUAAAAUGGCGAGUGAGAGUUCCCAAUCGUCGUCGCCGUCGCCGGGCGAUACGUUCAUUGGGAGCUUCAUCAGUCUAAUUUCUAAGUCCGAGAUCCGCUACGAAGGCAUUCUAUACCACCUCAACGUUCACGACUCUACGCUAGGUCUGAAGAAGGUAAGAUCUUGUGGUACAGAGGGGAGGAAGAAAGAUGGGCCGCAAGUUCCACCGUCUGAUGCUGUUUACGAUUACAUUCUUUUCCGGGGAAGUGACAUCAAGGAUCUGCAAGUUAACCCUUCUCCAUCUGUACAAUCAAGAAAGGAUAUUCAAAGCGAAAAGGACAUCAGUCAGUCCUCUCAGUCUAGGCCAGCUGUGAGCUCUCCGCCUACUGGAUAUGAUAGAGGUUAUGGUUUGGGGAGAGGAGGACAAUGGGUCCAUACACCUGCUUUGACUAGUAAUCCGGUUCCUACCACACUACAUUCACCGGUUCCUUUAGGUGAUGGAGGAAGCUUGACAGAAUCCCCAGCGUCUAUGCCUAUGCCUACGCCUUCUUUUGUGCAAGGAAACAAACUAGCUUCUACUGGACUCCCUCUUGGUAUGAUGCAACAUGCAGUUUCAUCAUCCUCUACGAAGCACAAUGAUCAAGCACAUAUUGUAGAUAUGUUUGCUUCACCAAUUAUGGGAUUAGUAGAUGAUACAACGAAGGUUGUUACUCAUACACCCGACGUUGCUUCUAAUCUAGCAUACUCUUCUAACCCGUCUCCCCUUGGUCAAGCACAACUUCGUACUCCACCUGGCCUUGCUUCUUCACCUACCAACCUUUCUCCACUUUCUGCUCCGUAUAUUCAGAACACUUACCCCAUUGCACCCCAGGCUGUUGGUAAAGGUGUCUAUGACUCUCAGAUAAACCAUCUUAACCGAUCUACACCUUAUACGUUACCAGCUGUGACUUCUGAUUCAGCUCCUGUAAUUCCUGAUCCUUUAUCGAGUUCGCCUCAGUCAUUCUUUGGAAUGGAGUUACUGCAAUCUAACCCAGCAUCAGUGGGUGUGCCUUCUCGAAGUCUUGCUACCACACAUCAAGCGCCUUUGCUGCCUCUUCCGGUUUCAGCUCAUCAGUCUUGGACCCCUAGUUCUAGCGCUGAGUUCACUGAAGAAUUUGAUUUUGAGGCAAUGAAUGACAAGUUCAAUAAGAGUGAACUAUGGGGCUUUCUCGGAAAAAACAAUCAAACUAAUCACACGGAACAGACUGCAGUUGAGCCAAGCGAAGAAGGGAAAACAAAGCCUGCUUAUAAAAAGGAUGACUUUUUCGAUACAAUCUCGUGCAAUCGACUUGACCGUACGGCAAGAAGCGGACAACAACAGCAACACAUCCAAUUUCCCGACCACAUGAGACAAGACCCACAGAACCAUUUUCAAAGACCACUUCAACCACAACCGGGUCAGGGUGCAUAUCUAGCUGCACAAACCAAUUACCAUGGCGGAUAUAAUAACAACAACAAUGACUACUCAAACUCGGGUUAUGGUUACUACUCUGGUGGUGGGAGGGGCCGAGGCAGAAACACACAUUUCUAAACUGAUGAAUUUCUGUCUUUCUUAAAAAGGGCUUUUGUGUGCACUUCCUUUUCUUACCUCUGUUUUCGAUUUCAGCUUUUAGGGUAAAAGAACAGUUUUAAUGGUAGGCAUAUCAUAUUG